AUGGUGUCGGCCGUCGGCUGCUCUUACCCUGUUACUGGAAGGAAGCGUGUAAAGUUGUUGGCAACCGAGUUGUCGUAUAGUGAACCCCUUGUCUGUUGCGUGCCAAUAUGUGAUGAUUCACUGGGGGACUUGCCUGACCGGUGCUCUGAGCGGCAUCACAUGGCUUCCGGUAGUGGUGAUCAAACGCAGAACACUGGUGUGUUUCCUGCAAUGCAGGAAUAUGCCUGUUCCACUGGUAACAAUGGUGUGGUUUAUCCACAAUAUGGGAUUGGCUAUUCGUCUGGUCAAAAUGGGGCACAGGGCGCAUACUUGCAACAUCAACAUUUUGAAGGUUGCAUGUAUAUGAGUGGGAACGGGCAGAUGUGUGGACCCUACCCACCUGAACAACUGUAUGAGGGGCUGUCCACUGGUUUCUUGCCUCGAAGCCUUGCUAUCUAUGCUGUUUUUGGUGGGAAAACAGCCGAUCCUGUGCAGUUGAUCUUUCUGAAACAAUUCCUUUCACAAUGGAAUGUCGGUGCCAUGGCUUCCACCCCAAAUGCAUCGACGGAGACAGAGAAAGUGGCUUCCCAUGCUAAAAUGGUUUUUCCAGAUUCUCUUUCAAACGAAGAAUCAUGCUGGAUGUUUGAGGAUUCAGAAGGUUGCCAACAAGGGCCACAUUCUCUUGCUGAACUUUCCUAUUGGCAUCACAAUAGCUAUAUCCAAGAUCUUUCAAUGAUUUACCAUGUUGAUGGCAAAUUUGGCCCAUUCACACUUGUAUCACUAAUGGGUAUGUGGAGUGGGGAACACAAAGAGCCUUCGGAAGCUACAGCUAACGAUUCUGCAUCAUUGAAUGGCUUAGUGGGUGACAUAGUUGAUGAUGUUAGCCAUCAGCUGCAUGCAGGGAUUAUGAAAUCAGCUCGCAGGGUUCUAAUUGAUGAAAUAUUCAGCUCUAUACUUCCAGAUUUAAUUGUUUCCAAGAAGACUGAGAAGCAACUGGCUGCAAAACUGAAGAACCAAGUUACUAAGCCUGACAGUGUGAGCAACAAGAAGGAUUCCACAAUUAAGGUCAAAGUUAACACAUCAUCUACUGUUCCAAAAAAAGGCAACUCAUAUAAUACUGCCCCAGUGGAUUGUUCAGUGGCAAUUCAAUUUACAGCAGUGCAUGGUAAAUUUGCUGAUAUACUACCAGCAGUUUGGCAAACAGUUUAUUAUGAAUCCAUGAAGAAUGUAUGGGACGAAAUACUGUCUGAACGUGUUAUGGACUACUGUGAUGUAUGGUUACAGAGAAAUUGUAUAUUGAAUCUGCCCUCUACAAGUAUUUCUGUCAUCCCUGAUGAUAACGUGAAAGCCCAAGACAGUCAUGAAUUGUCACCAAAGGAUUUAGAUGCUACUGAAUGUGACAUGGACUUUCCACCUGGAUUUGGACCAUGUUGGAAAUCUCCUGAGAACUCCCUCUCUCCAUCCUUAUUAGAAGUCAAUGGAAGUGCUAUGGAUGGGAAGUCUGAAUCAAGCACCACUUUAUUUUCUGGCCCCUUAGCAGUAGUCCAGAGGAUGCUGGCAAAUGAACUAUAUAUCUCAUCGAAGCAAUCUUUAUUUCACUAUUUUGAGGAGGUUAUUGCAGAGGAGAUAACAAAUUGUUUAUGCUUUGGACUCGAAAGCAGUAUUGAUCAGGAACAAAUUGGUACCCCUAUUCACGCACCAGAAUCACCCAUGUCAGCUGAGACGUCUAUGCAUGAAACACUCAAUCCUAUUGAGAUGACUGGAGGUGAUGAACUGAAUAUUGUUGAAAUGGCUAUGACCACAAGAACCAGUCCAAUUGAAAUGGCUGUAGAUGAAGAACUGAAUACCGUUGAAGCUACAAGAACCAGUCCAACUGAACCGACUUCAGUUGAAACAUCAACUGCUGCUGAAAUGGCAACAGAUAAAAUGCCCACUUCUCAUGUGUGUGCAGUGGAAGAGCACCUAUCCAUGUCGUAUGUGAGGAUAUUUGAAAAGAUGGAUAUAUGUAAAACAGCAGAAUUGGAUGAGAAAUUUGAUGAAGUGCCUCCUGGAAUGGAGACUGGCUUAGUCCCUUUACCACUUAUGGACAAAAACAUAUAUAGACCUUCAAAAUCAAUGAACUCUAUUCCUUUGAUUUCUAGAUAUAUAACUUUGGCUCUCUGCCGGCAAAAACUACAUGAGAAUGUUGUGAGAGAGUGGACAUCUCUCUUCUCUGAUACAAUUAGCAAGUGCUUGGGCUCAUGGUACACCAGGAGAAAUGCUGUAACUAAAAGCGCAGAUGAAUCAUCAAAACUCAAAGAAAAAACAUACUACAGGAAGAGGAAAUUUGAGAAAACAUGUCAAUCAAAAACAUCAAAAAAACCAGUGGAAAUCUCAAUGGAUGAGCAGCUUUCAAAACCUCUUUGUCAGCUUGUUGACCGCAAGAUUUAUAUGAAAAAUAUCCAGGAAUCAAACAAAGCUUUGACAUCAAAGAAAGUUUCAUUUGUGGACAAGCCGUCCAAAAAAGGAGCCAAAACUGUGGCUAAUGAUGCUCAUGAUUUGAAUAUCCAGCAAGAUCUGACACUCCUUUCCAGUGAGGUGCCAAAAAGAGCCAGGUCAUCUCAUCCAACUAAGAAGCACAUGGCUGCUAACAGGACACCUACGGGGAAUGAUAAUGUGGCGGAUAAUAGUAUUCUCACGAAACAUGUCAAGAAAAAAAAGGGCAGGGACAUUCCCAGUGAGACCAGUCAGAAGGUAAAACCGAUGAUCUCAUGCCCAGAAUCAGAUGGCUGUGCUAGAGUUUCCAUUAAUGGAUGGGAGUGGCGCAAUUGGGCGCGAAAUGCUACUCCAUCAGAAAGGGCUCGUGUGAGAGGGUACCGUGUUCGGACUAUUCUUUCUGCCUCAUCAAAUAAUAAUGUGUGGAUAAAUUCUCAAGCAAAGGUUUCAUCUGCAAGAACAAAUCGGGUUAAACUGCGAAAUCUGUUAGCAGCCGCUGAAGGUGCUGAGCUGCUGAAAAUUACCCAAAUGAAGGCAAGGAAAAAGCGCUUGCGUUUUCAGAGGAGCAAGAUCCAUGAAUGGGGUCUGAUCGCGCUUGAGUUGAUCGAAGCAGAAGACUUCGUUAUAGAAUAUGUUGGUCAACUGAUUCACCGGCGGGUCUCUGACAUACGUGAGUCUCAAUAUGAGAAGAGUGGGAUUGGAAGCAGUUACCUCUUUCGCUUGGAUGAUGAUUUUGUGGUCGAUGCCACUAAGCGUGGUGGGUUAGCAAGGUUCAUAAAUCAUUCUUGUGACCCAAAUUGCUACACAAAGGUGAUCACUGUUGAUGGCCAGAAGAAGAUUUUCAUUUAUGCAAAGAGGCGUAUAUAUGCCGGUGAGGAAAUUACAUAUAAUUACAAGUUUCCAUUGGAGGAAAAAAAGAUACCUUGCCAUUGUGGUUCUCGGAGGUAA